CAGUAGGACUAGUUUACUAUGAAUCUAUGUAAUAGCCAAGAUUUUUCAACAAAGACUUCUUAGUCUAGAUUUUGGUUUGGCUGAAUGUGUUCUUUAAUGUUCCAUCACCAAUGGGAAACUAUGAGCAACAUAUUUUAACUUUCCCUUUCACUACAUUUUGUUUCUAUUUAUUAGAAUUGUCACAUAAACUUCAGUUUCAUUUACAAAGAACAAAACACAUUGAAAUAAAUCUGAGUAAAGUUGUAAUCUUGGAAAAGCAUUUCACAAUACAAUAAAGAGAUGUCUCCAAGUCAGAUUUAAAGAAUUGGAUGCAUUGUUUUCCCUGUUUUCAAAUAACUACUUUUAAAGUUCUGUUGUUUAGAACCUGGGAAUAUAAACCUGCAUUUGUUUGUUCAGAAGUACAAUCCUUAUGCCCAAAGGCAAUUUCAGAAUGUCUAAUGUUUAAGUCCACAAUGUUUUAUUAUUUGAUUUCUGAUCAUACUUAAAAUAUAUAAUUCUAGAAUAAUCAAGACUAUUGCACCAAAUAAGGAAGAAACCUGCAACAUAAAUGUUUAUUUUGGCAUAUGCUAUAACAGAUCCGGGCUUGCUAUGUGCAAUUUUAUUAGUUGGGUUAAAUGCAUAUUAUUAUUUUUUUAUUCAGUGGUCAAAAAUUCUAUUAAAUUGUUUAUGUAAAAGAUUUAUAUUGCCACCCAUCUUAUGCAACUCUGAAUGGUUCACAAACACAUUUUUAAAAGUGUUAGUGUAACACUGCACUAAGGAAUCAUGGGUCAUAAAGCUGUAUUUCUACUAGAUCGACAAGGGAAAUCCAGUUCUCCCCCUUCUAAUACUAAUAACUGGUAGAAAGCUGAAGUGAAUCUAGAUUUACAAUUCUAAAGUCUUCGUCUUUUGCCCCGGGUGUUUAAUAGUGGUGGAUCGCGUAAUGAAAAUCAAACGUUCAAAAGCAAAAAAAGAACCCGUUAAGUCUCCAGUUACUCUCCUUUCUCUUUGCGAGCGGAGCUCUGCCUAUUUGAGCUUUGGUAGCGGGGAAAAAGCAACUCUGGGCGUGCGAGGGGGAAAGGGUGGUGAUCCUCGUGAAAGAGCUCCGUUCGGAUUGGUUGCCUUUUCCGCGGGCAAAAGAAAGGAACGCCCAGCUGCUAGGCGGGGCUUUCAAGUAAAGCGCGGAAUUCUUGGUCUGCUCGGCUCCCUCCAGCCGCCUCCACCGAUCGACCGGCAUGUGUUCCGUGGUUCCCGAUUAUUCUCCCGGCUUUAAGAAGCCGCCGGAGAUAUUGCGCUUGAAGAGGAAGAGGCCUCGGAGAAGCGAAACGGUCGCCCUUUCCGGAGAGUCUUCGUCUGCGACAACCUUCAAGGACUCGCCUGUUCCCCCUCGGCUCGGUCCGGGGAGUCGGCGGCGCAACCCCUUCACAAACGUGGGGAACACGCCUUGUCUUCUGCCGGUUCAAUCUUCUACCCAGAGACUUGCAGAAGUGGAGUGGUUAGUGCCGAGGAAUGACUUAUCCAGCAGAUCCGAGAAGCAGUUUUUAAAAUGUCAUGACAAGGAUGGCUCCACAUGGAAGGAAGAGCUUUCUGAAAUAGCAACUGCUGAAACAUUGAUCAAAGACUCUUGUUUGGCCAUUUCCGAUACUAAAGUUCCCUCUUCACCAAGUUUUGAAUUUCCUGCAGACUGGAGUAUUAAAACUCGUCUUCUAGUCACUUCUUCUCAGUCAUUUGCAUGGGCAGAUCACUUAAAAGCUCAAGAAGAAUCCCAAGGAUAUAUCCAGCAUUGUAGAGCAACAUUAAUAAACUUACCCCAACAUAUCCAGGAGCCAAAACUUUCCACAGAACUUCGUUGUGCUUUCCAGCAAAAUCUAAUAUAUUGGCUUCACCCCUUCUUCCCAUGGCUACCACUUUUUCCUCGAAUUGGAGCUGACAGAAAAAUGGUUGGAAAAAGUCAUCCUUGUGCCUUUAAUGAAGAACUCCAACAAAUGUUCAUGAGUGAAUGGUCUCUCAGUUUUACCUCUCUUUAUAACUUGUUGAGAGCCAAGUUGUGUCCCUAUUUCUAUGUUUGCACUUAUCAAUUCACUGUACUGUUCCGUGCAGCAGGACUUGCUGGAAGUGAUAUAAUCACUGCAUUAAUUUCUCCCACAACCAAAGGAUUAAGGGAAGCCAUGAAAAAUGAAGGUAUUAAAUUUGAUUUACCAUUUCAAGGAAUUAAACAAAAAAAUUUCAAUGCUGCAGCUUCUACUUUAGAAACCGAAGUUGAAAAAGAUACUGAAAUAAUGGGCAAUGAAAUUGAAGAAGAAUUGGAAAUGAGUGGUGGUGAUGGCAGUGACGAUGAUGAUGAUGAUGGAAAUUUAUGGCUGGUGGAAAUGGGAAUUGAAGACAAAAUUAAAAAACCAGACACAUUUUCUACUAAAUUCUGCAAAGAAAAAAAUGAAAUGAAAUUGGAUCACAGACCUGAAUCUGUAGUGUUAGUAAAAGGGACAAAUACAUUUACUUUGCUGAACUUCUUGAUAAAUUGUAAAAGUUUAGUGGCUUCUGCAGGUCCUCAGGCUGGCAUCCCUCCAACAUUGCUCUCCCCAGUUGCUUUUAGAGGUGCAACAAUGCAGACACUCAAGGCCCGAAGUAUAAAUGUGAGAUCACAAGCCCAUUCGCAUUAUAAAGAUCUAUUUAGCUUGGAGAUUGUGGGCCCUAUCAUGCCCCAUUGUCUCCAUUCUUUGUCCAUGCUACUGAAAUCUGCUCAAAAUGGAACUUUCUCUGCUGUAUGUUAUACCCAUGAACCAACAGCUGUGUUCAACACAGGUAUCGGCAACAAGCAGCAUAUGAAGGAAUCAUGUAUCAAAGAACUUUCCAAUUGUGGAUUGCAUCCUAACACUUUAAGUCAACUUGCUCUUAAUACAACACUAGGAAAAUCUUCAAUACGGGUCCUAGACAUGAAUGAUUAUCUCUACACGUGGAAAGCCUAAGCACCUAAACGAUAAUUUAAAAUGGCUUACCAGAAGCACUUCCUUGUGCACAAUGAUCAAUUUUAUUCAUUAAUGGACUUUUGUAUAUAGGCCUUAUAUAACCGCUUUGUUAUUUUUCUUAAAACUUGUAACAUCUGAAGUAUAUAUUUUAAAUUAAACUUUAAGAAUUGACGUAAUUGUGUGGAUCUAAGGAAAACAGUUGAGUGAGGAAAAAAUGUUGCAAUACUCCCUUCUACUAUCCAUGGCUUUUUCCUUUAUUAUAUACAUCACACUUCUUAAAACAAUUUCUGAGGCCUUCAGAACAUCCAUACUGCAUUAUGCUAAUAGUAGUUUUAACUAGAUUACCCUUCAGUAAGUGGCUACUAUUAAAUGGAUUAGAAAAGCACCACUGCUUGCAGCAUUAUUUCAGAAAUGAAACAUAGUAAAAUGAUAAUUUUAUAUUUUAGGCAGUACUGCCAAAAAU